AUGCUAUCUCUUCUCAAUAGCUCAGACUUCACAUUCUCCACCUUCCUGGUGACAGGAAUCCCUGGACUAGAGUCUAUGCAUAUGUGGCUCUCUAUUCCAUUUAGUGCCAUGUUCCUACUGACCCUGACAGGUAAUAUCACCAUCAUGCUGGUUAUCUGGACUGAAAGAAACCUCCAUGUACCCAUGUACCUCUUUCUGGCAAUGUUGGCAGCCUCAGACUUGGGUUUGUCCAUCUCCACAUUCUCCACUAUGCUGAAGAUCUUCUGGCUGGAAUCCCGGGAAAUGAGUUUUUCUGCCUGUUUCACCCAGAUGUUCUUCAUUCACACCUUCCAGCAAUUUGAGUCAGCUGUGAUUCUGGUCAUGGCCUUUGAUCGUUAUAUGGCUAUUUCCAGACCCUUGCACUAUGCCUCCAUCCUUACCAGUGGUGUAAUUGCUAAGAUGGGUCUGGCCAUUUUCAUACAGACAAUGGCAGUGCAGAUCCCAGCUCCCCUCCUUCUGAGAAGGCUAAGCUUCUGUCAUUCCAAUGUGCUAUCCCACUCCUACUGUCUACAUCCUGAUAUAAUCAAGCUCUCCUGCUCAAACACCAGAAUUAACAGUGUCUAUGGCUUGUGUGUUGUUGUUUCCACUCUUGGCCUUGACUUCCUUCUAAUUCUCCUUUCCUAUGUCCUAAUCCUAAAAACUGUUUUGAACAUUGCAUCCUUUGGGGGGCGCAUGAAGGCCCUCAAUACCUGUAUCUCCCAUCUCUGUGCUGUGGUCCUUUUCUUCACACCCAUGAUUUGCCUGUCCUUAGCACACAGGUUUGGACCAAAGCUUCCUUCCCAUGUGUAUGUGCUCAUGGCUAACAUGCACUUCCUCAUCCCCCCUGUGAUGAACCCCAUUGUCUAUGCGGUGAAAACCAAACAAAUUCAGAAUAGUAUCAUUAAGAUCUUUCUCAAGAAGGAAUCAGGGAAAUCUUAA